AUGAGCUGCCGUCCUAUCUUUCCUCUUCACAGUACAAGCGGACAUUUCGAGUCCUUUUCCCCCGUCGUUUCACCUACCGGCAUGUCCGGCUUAAAAAAGUUUUUUAACAAACUUAGGUCGGAUAUGAAAUUUUCGAAUUUGGGGCAACCACAUAGGCUCAUUGAAGAGACGAGGUCGUCUAUCAGUUCUGAUUCAUACGAUAUUCCCAUCAGAGAACAUACUGAAUCGGCCGAAAGCCAAAUGGCCGCCAAAGCUGCGUUAGAAAGAAUGGCUAAGGCGAAGCGUUCUACAGAAGCUCUAUAUUGGUGUCCUUCUUUAUUUGGCGACACUUUAAUCGCCUCUCGGGCUGAAGUUGAUCAAGCUAUCAAUGAAUAUUUAUCAUAUGAAGGCCAGACUCAGUCCUGUGAAGCAGCUGCGCUGCAGCUUGUUCGUGGACUCGAAAAAAGUCAACUUCCGGCUUUCUUUCAGGCUGGUGAUCCAAAUGCUCCAACCUUGGCCGAGAUCAAAGAGAAACGUAAGCAGAACCUCAUUAAAGUGGUCAGAAAUUUAAUUCAGAAUCCAACUAAUCCUACUUUUCGUCGAUUGCGUAUUGGUAAUCAACUUAUUAGUGAUCUACUUUCCAUUGACAAAGCCGAAUUAUUCUUCACUGCUUGUGGCUUUAAAAGGGAGUUACUCCCUUCUCCAAAAAAAUCUCAACCACAUCAAUCACCGCUUUCAUCAGGUUCCCCUGAUGAUCAAAUUGCUAUCCCCCAGGUGGAAACCCCGGAUAACGUCUCACAGAUGGAAGAGUUUUUAGUCAUAUCCGAAGAAGAUGCGGCUCGUACACAACUCUUGGAAAAUAUGCUUCAGAUGCUUGAGGAGGCUCAGCCUCUUCUGCCUGAACUAUACAGAAAUACUCAAAUGAGUUCUAUGCGCAAUCGUCUUAUUGGAAAUUCUCUUAGAUAUUAG